ACUUCUUUACAGGGCACAACAACAAAACUUCACCUUCGGUUCUCUCAGUCUGUUCAAUGCUGGCACUCCUUUGUUUCUUCAUUCAUCUCACAUUGUGGCCGUAUGCUACUUUGAUCAAGCUCGUCUGACUAUGUUUGAAGCCACCGGAAGAUGAUCCGCUCCCGUCCGGUCAAAGAACAGGCCGAGGUCAUUGUCCAUUGUUCAUAAUGCCCUUGUUAGGCUUUUCAUCUCAAUCCGAUCAAGAUUAUAAGACAGCCAUCGCCAUGACACUACGAACAGACUUUGACAACAAUUCAACGACUUAGAGACAAGUACUUGCAAGCUGCCAGUCAAUACCUACCACUUUCCACCACUUCCCGUUACUUCACUCGAGUGUGUCAAGCGACAGCCCAAAACAGUACUACCGACUUUGUCGAAAUUCAUUCACCAUGUCUAAAAUGCAUCCCGAUUCACCUGCCAUCCUGGAAGGGGUUGUGAAGGAUAUCAUCAGCAACUUAGAGAAGCAGCUCAAGGCACAACAGGAGAAACUACGAGUCCUGUACAAGGAGUGGAACUUCUGGGAGGCUGCCGGCGCUCUUCUCGACUUCCAUCUACUUGAGGUUAGCGACUUCAAGAUCGAUGAGUUACAAAAGCAGCUGAUCGGAGCUCAAAUAGAGCAGCUAACCUUAGCAAAUGACUUGACGCAGAUGACCGAGUUUGCCCGCGAAGUCUUCAGCCAGAAAGGCUUGGGCUUCAAAACCCCCUCGAUUCCCAUCCCUAUCCCGUCUGCUAACUUGUUCCCGCUAUCGGCCAAGUACUCACACCCCUCACCGCCACCGAAGUCGUAUGGACAGCAAAUGAAACAGCGUCGACAGGAGGACUUCCGUUAUUAUCUUGAACACCCGGAGAUGCUGGCGACUAUGCCGGGACAAGUAUUCCCUGAGGUCUCUGACACGAACACUAAACCAGUCUCUGCUCCCCAAGUAACACUUAAUCCCUCCCAGAUGCCGCUUACACCCCCUCAAACUCCCCCUCUCCCUCAACAAAAACCGCUUCCCCUCCCACGAAGCUCCGUUCUUCCGCCAGCACAAGCCCAGACCAUACCACCAGUCAAGGUUUCUCCCAUCACCACCCCCAAGGCAGGUACUACCCAGAUCCCUACUCAAAAUGACCUCUUCUUUCUCAGGCGCAUGACGGCUUACCGCCAAUCUCGUUAUGGCUUACAUGAAGGAAUCCACCCAACCGAUGGUAUUCGAAAUUACAAGUUUGAUCCGCAUUUUUGGGAAAACAAGGAGAACUGGGAUGGCACCGAGGAUUUCUGGUUCAAGCCUUCGACAAAGAAAAGGGGGAGAAUGGACGACGAGGACGAGGCUCUUUCGCCUUGUUCGGUGCCCAGGAAGAGAGUCAGGGCUGCUGGGGGAGCAUCAGCCUGAGUUGGGUUUGUUGUAGAUUAGAUGGAUGGUAAUGAAGAGUGAGUGACAUGUGCGAAGUAGAAGUUUGUGGUGGAUGCGAGAUUAGAUGAGUGAUUAGAACUUUAGAACUGAGACACUAAUAGAUAAGGUACUCGAUGAUGAAAAAGAAGAAAAAAAAAC